AUGAAUUUCUACAACCCUCGACGACUGUCCCCGAUCCCGCGCAGUGAUGACCAGGAAUCCGACGCCGGCGCUGAAGUGAGAGAUAUUCCGUUCUAUAGGCCUCCAAGAACCUCAUCCAAGAUCACUCCCCUCAAGCAGAACAAGAAGCUUCCAUUACCGCCGCCUAUUCGCGAUCUCGCGGCUCUGAUUGGAACCCAGCCUCUAGCCAUGCAGCCACCCGACGCCGUCAGCCCAGUCAUUGAUUUUGGCGAUACCGCGAGCCAAGCUUCCUACGAAUCGGACGUAGAAAGAAACUCACGAGAAGAGCAUCGAUCGAGAAAACAGAUGCAACUGCGAGAAGAGAUGUAUGAACGAGAAGAGCUCCGUGCACGAGAAGAGCGACUUCUACGUGAAGAGAUGCGUGAAAGUGAAGAGCUGCGGGCUCGAGAAGAGUUGCGUUCACAAAAACUACUCCGAUCGCGAGAACUGUUACGAUCGCGAGAACAGCUCCGAACGCGAGACGGGCACGCUGAGCCGGGAGAGACGAUGACCCGCCCCGAGCUUCCCGAGGGCCCAGCAUCAAGGGCAGAAACUACGACAGACCACACAGCCGGCUUGAAGUCUCGCCGCGCAAAUGUCGUGAACACGGCCUCCUCUCCCUCUACCAACCGUUCCCAAUCAGUAGUUUCGGACGACAGAUCUUCCUACCAGACAAACGGCACCUCUCUCCCGCCACUUCAGCACAAAGCUCUCGAUGAGCACGGUCAAUUAGUGCCGUUGGACGAGGAUGAUCUAGACCCCGGGUCGUUCGAUUUGGUGGCCCCGGUUCCAGACGGGUUGAAACAGUACUCUCUGGAGACGCGAUCCGAGCUGCUCUUCUCAUCAGAACACCUGAAAGUCAUCUUCAGCGACCCGUCUCUUCUUUUGCGGUUCACUGCUUUCUUGGGCGCAAGCAGGCCCACUUCGGUUCCAGUUCUCAUCUACUACUUGGAUGCCAUCAAGGCCUUGAAAGCGAUCAGCUAUUCGAACGCGAUUGCUGAAGCGUUAGAGCCGAUUCCGGGCUAUGACUUCACCGCCAACACAGCCCUGAAGACUGUCAAUACUGACUUGAAGGAUAAGGCUGACCAGGCCUUCAGCGUCAUGGUGCGCGAGGACCUUCCUGCAUUCAUCACGCACACUUAUAUUCAGACGGUCAGCUUGUCUAUUCAGAGGAGGGUGACCGGAACCCUGCCUCCGAGCUUGAGAGAGGCCUCCGAAGGACUUGCGGAAGUGUUCUGCCUGACGGAUCCCUCCAGACCCGACAACCCCAUUGUGUUUGCAUCAGCAGAAUUUCACAGAACGACCCAGUACGGCAUGUCCUAUGUCAUUGGCAAGAACUGUCGCUUUCUCCAGGGGCCCAAGACGAAUCCGUUCAGCGUCCGGCGACUGCGCGAGAAGGUUGACGCUGGGGUAGAGCACUGCGAAGUAUUCCUCAAUUACCGGAGAGAUGGAUCCCCAUUUAUGAAUCUGCUCAUGACUGCUCCGCUGUGCGACAGCCGCGGCACCAUCAGAUACUUCAUUGGCGCUCAGGUGGAUGUAUCCGGUCUCGUGAAAGAGUGUUCUGACAUGGAGUCCCUUCGCCGCCUUGUCGUUCAGACUGAGGAGGAGCACGCCCGUGAUUCCCAAGAUGACCUAGAAUACGUCGCCGAGAAGGCCCCUCCGAAAGACGAGUUUCAGGAGCUCAGUGAGAUGCUCAAUCUACAGGAGCUUGACACUGUGCGACGAUGUGGAGGCAGAAUGCACAAGGAAUCCGAAGAGGAAUCCCCCGAUUCCAAUUUCAAAGACGGGAAUUGGGGGAAACCUCGCCUUCUGAUCAACGCCGGAAGCCCCGAAGGAGGAAACGGGAUGAACAAACCGUCCCGGACUAGCGGCCGCCUCAGUGGCAUAUAUGAGAAUUACCUGCUCAUCCGCCCGUAUCCCAGUCUCCGGAUCCUCUUUGCGAGCCCUAGUCUCCGGGUACCAGGUAUCCUGCAGAGCCCUUUCAUGGCCAAGAUUGGAGGAUCGAAUCGCGUGCGUGAGGAAUUGACCCAGGCUUUGGCCGACGGUCGCGGCGUCACGGCCAAGGUCAAAUGGGUAUCGAAGCACGAUCUGGAGGGCCGGAACCGGUGGAUCCAUUGCACGCCGCUGAUUGGAAGCAACGGAGCGAUCGGCGUCUGGAUGGUGGUGAUUGUUGACGACGAGUCCUCCGUCAGUCCGAGCAAGCGAUUCAAGAUGCCCCCUCCUGUGGACCCGAAAUUUGGUCGCACUUCCUCCUCGACCUACAGGGGUGACGAGGGCUCUCUCCGGGACUUUGCCCUCGCGAACGGUGCGAGGCAUCGCAUUGGGAGUUCGCGAGAUAGUUCGAGCACCCGGAGCUACCCUGGUGGCGGCACGGAUCGGAGCUCCAGCCCCUACUCUUUGAGAAUCUGA